UUUGACGUUUUUUCCCUUCCUUUCGUUUCUACCCAAAUCCCUUUUUAAAAAAGAUUUCCCAACCGACGUACGUAGGCUGGAUACGAACGAGUUCAUCCUUGUUCCCUCCAGUGAGUGGGCGUGUAAGCCUGUUUGUUUGUAUGAACACUUUUUUUUUCAAAAAUAAGCUUGCGGCAGCGGUUACUUUGCAUGCCAUUUCGACGACUGAUUGCAACAUAAGAUUUCCCUGACACGAUACAUACGUCAUUCCAUUGUAGGACGGGGGGUCUUCGAUGACUACAAUUUUCAAUCUUCCACAGUGAUGGGACGUUAUUGUGUUCUUCUUCCCAAUCCUUAAGUAUUGAGCUUAAUGCUGCAUAGGGCAGCCUAAAUCUAAUUCAAACAUGUUGCCAACUUUUAUCCCAGUGUGUUAAACAACCAUUAACCAUUUAAGCCAAAUUACUGAUUGUUGCGUAAAAUUAACACCACUGUCAAUCAGCUUGAAACUAUCAUCACAGAUCUGAACUGUCUGCCAUUCACCAUGAAGCCACUAAUAUCAUACGAAGAAUGCAUGAGGGAUUCCCCCAAAUUUAGGGAUGUUCUGGAGGAAAACCAUGCCAAUCUCGACGAUCUGGAAGGAAAACUAGAAAAGGUCUUGAAAAACUGCAACUUGACAAUUGAAGCAGGGAAAGCCUACUUGGGCUUUCAAAGUAACCUUGUUCAAAGCAUGUUGCAAGUGAGCAUGCAUUUCAAAGGAGACCCAGCAGUCUCUCAGGCUUUGAAUAAAGUCGCCAAUUCGUUACAAGAAACUAUCAAAUAUCAUUCAAUCCUGAUUGACCAAACCAGUAGAUCAGUUUCUAGAUCACUAAAUAAUUUCCUAAAGAGGGACCUGAAGCAAGUCAAGGACAGUCGGCAACACUUCGACAAAAUUUCGGCUGAUCUCGACACGGCUCUCGCUCGACAUGCCCAAGCUCCCAAAAAUUCCAAUAAGAGUCAAGGAAUAAACACUUCUGGCUCCGCGAACACUGUCCUAGCCACCAGCGCACUCUCUUCAUCGCAUCAGGGUUUGAUGACCAGUACUGGAGUGGACGAAACGGCCAAUGUGUUGAUUGCUACGCGCAGUUGCUUCCGUUACACGGCCUUGGAUCAUUUAUUCAUUGUUAGCCUCGUGCAGUCGCGGAAACGCCAUGAAAUUCUUGAUCCCUUACUAUCCUACAUGCACGCCCAGAGCACCUUCUUUCACCAAGGAUCGGACCUCUUCCAAGAUACUGAUCCGUUCCUGAAAAACAUUGGAGUAGAAGUGUCGCGGUUUCGAGACGCUACAAAUGCUUUGGAAAGAGAAUUGGGAAAUCGCCACAGCGUAGUCACCUCAAAAGAUCUGGUGCCCAUGCUAAAAUCAGAGACCUUGAAUGGAACUCGUAUGGAAGGCUACCUUUUCAAACGAACUUCGAGUCCGCUUAAAACAUGGAAUAGACGAUGGUUUGCCAUUUGUUCCAGCCAGUUGAUUUACCGCAAAAGAACAGGAGACCGAGAGGGCACUGUAAUGGAACAAGAUUUGAAACUUUGUUCCGUUCGACCGCUGAACGACAUUGAUCGCCGCAACUGCUUUGAGGUUAUCUCGCCCACUAAGUCCCACGUACUGCAAGCAGACUCCGAAGAAACUUUUCAAGUAUGGAUCCAGGCCAUUCAAGAUGAGAUAGGUGCAGCAAUGCAGUUGAUGUUAAGCAGCCGAAGUAGUUCUGGACAUAGUUUAGCUAGCAACGAAUCGCCGAGGAGUAACGCAAAAGAUAGCCAAAACUCUAGCAACAGUACCACCGAUAGCGCCAACACAUCCAAGGAAAGCAACAAAGAUAAGAUAUUAUCGGACAUUUUAGCCGUAGCAGGGAACAAUCGCUGCUGUGAUUGUUCCGCUGAGAACCCGGAAUGGGCUAGUAUAAAUUUGGGAAUCACAUUGUGCAUAGCGUGCUCGGGUAUCCACCGUAGUCUUGGUGUGCACGUAAGCAAAGUAAGGUCUCUUACUUGGGACAAAUGGGACGGUGAAGUGGCUCAGGUGAUGGUUUCCCUGGGUAACGCAAUCGUCAACUCGAUCUACGAGUCUAAAGUAGAUACUGCCAGUGAUCUGAGUAAACCACAGCCAGAUUCGACUCAGCAAAUGAGAGAUGCCUGGAUACAGGCAAAAUAUGUCAAAAAGCUCUUUGUUGAUCACAGAUGGGCUGGUGAUGAGAAUCUUGUCAAGGAAGCUGUCAUCAUUCCUGAAUCGGGCCAGGUCGAUCCAAAUUGGCUAUUGAGUAAAGGAGCUGAAACGGGCCAAAUAGUGUGGAUCGCACGUGCUCUAGCUCUGUAUGCGGAUAGGAACACUACCAGUGGUAACGCUGAAGAACGGGCUCCAGUUCAUUUAGCCGUUUUGAAUGGAUCGGUGACGGUAUUGCAGUAUCUUCUUUUAAAUGGGGCCAAAAUAAAUACCAGGGAUGGUGCUGGUAAAACUGCCUUGCUACUGGCAACAGAAUUAGGUCUUCCAGCACAGGUUGGACUACUGUUGAAAAAUCGGGCGGACCAAAAAAUUGCUGAUAAUGACGGGAAUACCCCUUUAGAUGUUGCGGUGAAGACUGCAAACGCGGAUAUUGUUAGUUUUUUGCGCAUUUCUCGUCUAACUGACGAAAUGAGAGAAACUGAAUUUGGUGAGGCUGGGGACGAUACGUUCCAAGAAAUGGUGCGCGAUUUUUUACGAUAAAUUCUAAACACAUUGGGGAACAACUCAUAACUCUAGAUCCUAUUUUCUAUUCCCCCAUCUCCACAUGUUUUUUUUUCUUCUGUCACGGAUGCAUCCUGUUAGUGUCCUCUAGUUUUCAUCAUCCUAAACUCUACUGUGAUGAACAAUUUGUCUCUUGGUUUAUCAUCUCCGUGCUUCUCAUUUUUAUUGCUUCCAUAAAAAAUCUUCAAAAAUAAUACACAAAUUAUACAUU